AUGGCUGAUAUCAAUGAUCGAUCCCGUAUUUCGGUGUCUCCCUUUGGAGACCCAGUCCCCAUCAGCACGGCAGAGUUUCGAGCAGUAACUCAUGAGCUAACAAUGUCUGACGACGACAUAAUCAUGUUGGAUCCGUCAGCGAUCUUUACUGCUUCCCCCAUGCAGGAGGCCAGUCACACCUUCUUUCGCCCCGCCGAGAACUUGCAGAGUGUGAUUGACCUGACUUGUGACGAUGAAGGCAAUCAAGCCAUGGAAGAAUUGACCUCUGAUAUGGCCCAAGUUGCGGCUCCCUCAGCCAUCGCCCCCGGCGACGACUCAGCGAGUGACCGGUCUUCCUCCGGCCAUUCUUCUUUCGUCAGCAACCAGUCCAUCAGCUGCAGCCCAACACCGGAGAUAGUGCAGCAAGGAAUAAGAAUCGGGGGUAUUGUGUUCAAAGCCGGAAUAUCUUUGGAGCUUGAUGAUGGCUCUUUCAUGCGUGUCGACGACAUGAUUCCUCAGCCUCAUGACCUACGGUUUUUCGGCCGGCGCCUUUACCGGACGACUCACCCCGAAGCGAAGACGUACUUGCCAAAACUCAACGAUGAGUUGGUCUGGCUCACCCAAAACACAGAUCAUGUCAGCGUUAAGAAAGUCAGGCGAGUUGUGCCCAUUCGAUUCACCAACUAUCGCACGGACUUCAACCACCUCGCACCGGGAGAAGUCCUGACUUGCCGACUAAAGCUCACCAUUCGCCAGAACGGAGUCGUCAUAAUUCCCGGUAAUGCACCUUUGAGUGCAGAGCAGUGUGCAAUUGAAUGGCUGACGUUCGCCGAAUCAGACUCAGGACUUGGCAAGCCCGCGAAUCAGCUGCGUGCUGAAUGGAGAGGCCAGACUGUGCCUUUCGGCGAGGCUGGGGCGUCUUCUAUGGCAAGGGAUCUUGAAAGACAGGGUGUGAUUGAUCUGACUGCUCCUGACCGUGCAUACACCUUUGGUGAUGCGUACUGUGGUGCUGGUGGUGUGUCUUGCGGGGCCAGGCAGGCCGGCGUGAAGCUCCAAUGGGCCGUUGAUAUCGACAAACAUGCCCUGGAAACCUAUCAAAUGAAUUUCGACGAUGUAGAGGUCGAGCAUUCCGACUUUUUCAGUUUUCUUACCAACGAUCCGAAGUUCCUCAGAGUCGAUAUUGCACACUGCUCACCCCCUUGCCAAACCUGGUCACCAGCUCAUACUGUACCCUGUCCUCGCGAUGACGCCAACUCCGCGUGCGUAUUUUCGGCUGGGAGUCUGAUUCGAGAGUCACGCCCCCGGGUGUUGACUAUGGAGGAAACUAUGGGGUUGCCACAGCGAUUUCCUGUUAUAUUCAACCGAGUUGUACUGGACAUGGUUGAAUUUGGAUAUUCUGUUCGCUGGUCGGUGCUGGGGUGUGAUGAAUAUGGUGUGCCUCAGGAGCGGAAGAGGCUACUUCUCAUUGCUGCGGGACCCGGUGAAGUUCUGCCACAUUAUGCUCAACCCACUCAUGGCAUGCCUGGCCAUGGUCUGCUUCCUCGAGAAACCAUUUCAUCCACCAUCGACAACAUUCCCCCUGAUGCCGACGAUCACAACGUUGAAGGGGCAUUGGCACGGACCAUUACUUGCGGGGGCGGGGAAUACAACUACCACCCUUCGGGCACCCGGCCCUACACCAGUCGUGAGAUGGCCCUCUUGCAGACAUUCCCUCUGAACUUCCAAUUUACUGGGAGGUUCAUGCGCAAGCAGAUUGGGAAUGCUGUGCCCCCGCUGUUUGCCAAGGCUAUCUAUGGAGAGAUCGUCAAGUCUCUGCGUGAGACUGAUAGAGAGGAGGCCAUGGGGAUCUUCCACUGA